AUGCCUAAUUGUAUAAUUACAACGAACCUCUGGUUCAACGGCAAUGCUGAAGAAGCCGCCAACCACUACAUCUCCAUCUUUGAGAACUCGUCCGUCACACAAGUUCACCGCUUCCCCUCAUCACCCACCCCGUCUGCCGUCAGUUUCACCCUCAACAAUGCUCCCUUUGUGGCCAUCAACGGUGGCGAAGGAAUUCGGUUCACGCCAGCAGUCAGUUUCCAGGUGGAAUGCGACACCCAAGAGGAGGUGGACUACUACUGGGAGCGGCUCGGUGAGGGAGGGGACGAGAAGAAAAGGGCGGCUGGAUGGCUGGUCGACCGGUACGGUGUCAGCUGGCAGAUCAGCCCGAGGGGACUCGGGACUACCAUGGGCGAAGAGGGAGGAGAGAAGGCAGCCAAGGUGGCCGAGGCUAUCCUGGGGAUGACGAAGAUUGACCUGGCGACAUUGGAGAAGCUACGAUGA